GACACUCGACAAGUGUCUGAGAAACGCUUGGUAUCGAUCCACCGAGUAUAGACAGUCACGUGCGUUCGUAGGUAUAUUAUUUAACAAAGCGUACGUUUAAAAAAAAUAGUUUCAAUUACAAUGACUUCAAACAAAAUCACAGAUUUACUGAAACAGGAUAGUGAAACCAUUUCACUAGAAGUGACCCCGGAUUUAGAUGUAAAAGAGUUGUUGAAGCUGAAUUUUAAACCGUUGUUUGUGUCCAUAACUUGGCAUGCGCGGAUGCAUCAUUGUGAAGACUUGGAUAUAGCUCCUUUACGUCUAGCUAGCCGGUUGAAAAGCGAAGGAUACGAUGUUCUCCUACACAUCUCCUGUGACCAGUUGAAGCGAACCUACUUGGACCAAGUUUUGAAUUAUCUUAAAGAAAGAGGCAUCUGCAAUUUGUUUGUUGUACAGGGAGAAAGAUACAAUCCAAUUGGUUCAGAAUUCGCAAGUAGCAAGGAGCUAAUUGCGUACAUUAGGAAGGAGACAGCCGGUUACUUCUGCAUAGGAGUCGCCGGAUAUCCGGGCGACGAGUCCAGGCUACCUAGUCUCAAAGACAAAGUAGAAAGCGGUGCGGACUUCGUUAUUACUCAAGCCUUCUUUGAGUAUCCAGUUUAUUCAACAUUUCUGGACAAGUGCAAAGAAAUAGGCACACAAGUGCCUAUCAUACCCGGCAUAUUCCUCUUCGACUCUCCGCAACAGCUCUUGGGUUUUGCUAAUUUGUGUAAAGUGAAUGUACCGCAGUCAUUGAUGCAAUAUGCCGAGAGUGGCGGCACAACUGUGACUGGACACGCAUUGGUCAGUAACAUGAUUGAAGAAAUUACGAGUGCUACAAAGAGUAAAUUUCAUUUUUUUACGUUGAAUCGACUGCAAAAUGUAUGUGAUUUUCUGGAAGCAAGUGCUUUACUAGUGUGACUAAAACGUACCUAUUACUUAAAUAAAAAUGAGUUUAUUUUAAA